AUGGCAUCGUUCGCUGCAGCCAAUCUGAGCGCCACGCUAUUUACCCUGCCCGGCUUUCCAGGCCUAGAAGAGAUGCACCAGUGGAUCGGCAUCCUCAUCUUUUCCUCCUACCUGGUUGCCACCCUGGGCAACUGCACCAUUCUGUACGUCAUCUGGACUGAGCCCGGUCUGCACCAGCCCAUGUAUGUAUUACUUCCACAGCCAUGCUUUGGCCACCACCACGACCUAGGGCUCUGCCCUCCCACCACCAUGCCCACCGUCAUGGGAGUCCUCUGGUUCCAGCUGAGGGACAUUAGCAAAGGCCCCUGCAUCGCUCAGCUGUUCAUCGUCCACUCCUUCUCCUUCAUGGAGUCAGCCGUGCUCUUUGCCAUGGCGCUGGACCGCUUCCUGGCCAUCUGCUAUCCUCUGAGGUACACAGUUCUCCUGACCACGAGCAGAGUUCUCAGAAUUGGCCUGGUCCUCCUCCUGAGAAGCACCACGCUGCUCGUGGCCCCCAUGCUGUUUCUUCUGCACUUCCCUUAUUGUCCGGGUGCGACCCUUUCUCACUCCUACUGUCUCCACCAGGAUGUGAUCCGACUGGCGUGCACGAACACAGCCUUCAACACGUUCUACGGCCUCAUUGUCAUUGUUCUCACUCUGGGCUCUGAUCUCCUCUUCAUCCUCAUCUCCUACAGUCUGAUUCUGAAGACAGUUCUGGGCAUGACCUCUGGGAAGGAAGGCUACCACAAGGCCCUGGGCACCUGUGUCUCCGCGUCUGCGCCCGUCCCUGGUCUUCUAGUUCAGUUACUUGGGCUGUCCAUUGUGCACCGGUUUGGCCAACAUGCCCCUCCCCUUCUCCACGUCAUCAUGGGCAACUUCUACAUUCUUCUCCCACCCCUGAUGAACCCCAUCAUUUACAGCAUCAAAACUAAGCAAAUCUACAGCAAAAUACUGAGAUUAGUUUCGCUCAAGAGAGUCUGA